GGGCGUUGCUAAACAGAUGACGUAGCAAAUUUAAGCCCGAACAUUUCGGGACAAUAUUAAUAAACUAAAAAGCGUAUCCGAAAAAACAAACAAGUGGCUCGAUUAUGUUAAAAAGAUGUCGGGUAAAGACAAAAUUAAUAUCUUUCCAUCUCGUAUGGCAAUGACUGUCAUAAAAAAUCAAUUAAAAGGUGCUCAGAAGGGACAUAGUUUACUGAAAAAAAAAUCUGAUGCUUUAACUCUUCGCUUUCGAAAAAUUUUAAAAAGCAUAAUUGAGACCAAAGUUAUGAUGGGGGAUGCAAUGAAAGCAGCUUCAUUUUCAUUAGCAGAAGCAUACUUUACUGCUGGAGAUUUUAGUGUUGUUGUACUAGAAAAUGUUGAUAAAGCUUGGGUUAAAGUUAAAAGUAGAAGUGAUAAUGUUGCUGGUGUUCGCUUACCUGUGUUUGAAUCGUAUUCUGAUGGUUCUAACACAUUUGAGUUGACAGGACUUUCCCGUGGUGGUCAACAAGUAAACACUUGUGCUGCUACAUUCAAUAAAGCAGUGAAAUUGUUGGUUGAUUUAGCUUCUUUACAGACAUCCUUUGUUACACUGGAUGAAGCUAUUAAGACUACAAACAGAAGAGUAAAUGCUAUUGAACACGUUAUCAUUCCAAAAAUUGAGCGAACAAUUACUUAUAUUACAAGUGAGUUAGAUGAAAUGGAAAGAGAAGAAUUUUAUAGGUUGAAAAAAAUUCAAGGUAAGAAGAAAAAAAAUAAAGAAGACAGAGAAUUAGCUCUUGAGCAAUAUAUGUCAGAUAAUCAAAGAUUAGAUACGACUGAUGGUAUGGAUACUGCUAUUACUCGUGAGCCCAACUUGUUAAACAUGGAAGGCGAUGACGAAGAUAUUCUUUUUAACUAAAAGAUUGUUAGUUUUUUAUAUAUUAAUUUGUAAUUGCAUUUAAAUCUUAUAAGAAUAGAAUUAUCUUUACGAA